AUGGAGAAUCUUCCCGAAAAGCCGUCGUUGCUUCGGCUACCAUACUCUGUCCGGCGAGAAAUCUACAGCCUGCUCGGAGUGGUGGGCGUUGAUACCAGGUUGAUGGCACUUGGCCACAAGGUGCACCGGCCCUGGGCUGGUCAGUGGUGCUCUCUAAACCGCAGCUUUUGCGUUGCGAGAUUUCGCUGCGCUGGAUAUUGUUGCCAUAUGCAAAACCAGUUGUUUUAUGUCUCUCGCGACGUGUCUGCGGAUGCUUUGCACGCGUUCUACUCUGAGAAUAAAUUCGCGGUUUCGAGCGAGAAACCCCUUGUUUUCAAGGUCGUGGGCGGGAAUGCGUUGUCAGCCCUGCGUCGACUUACAUUGCAGCUGAAUCUCCGCCCCACGCGAUGCCCUUGCGGCCGAACCUGCGAUGAUGCACCGCGGAAUCGGAUGUUCGAUGAGAAGAUGCCGCUCCAAGAGCUGGCCCCUUGUCUCAAUUUGGUUGUCCAAGAGUGGCGGGAUACUCUAUAUCACCUCGGAGCCCACAUAGCGGCUGGCAAACUGAACCUACAAAUCAAUUUCGCCCCUCAAUGCUUUUAUCCUGCUGUUGUGCUUCAGUCAUUAAGGCUGUCUUUAGCGCCCUUGCUGGAAUUUCCACGUCUGAAGAACUGCUUAAUUUCCCUGCCCAACGCGGACCGGCGGCUUCAGCCGUGGGUAAAGCGUCUGGUUCUCAUGACUACAGGGCAGCUUGAUGAUAUAGACCCUCCUUUCCCUUUCGCCAAACUCCCUCCAGAGCUUCAGCUGAAAGUUUUGGAGCAUGCGGGGCUCAUUUCGGAUACCACUCUGGUAGUAUCAUCAAAUGGUUUCAUUCCCCGGCUCUGCUGGGGCGGUGCUUGCUUCUCGAGGGACGAUUUUUUCUCCUGUUGUUCCCUGACAAGCAGCUAUUAUGUAAAUUGCGAUCCCUGCUGGGUGCUCCCCAAGGAGCUAUUCGAUGUCAACCGGCGGAUAAGAGCGCUAUCUAGAUAUAUUUUCGUCUCUCAGAACCGCUUCAUCAUCAGUCCGCUCAUCGUACCCGAACUAAAGCCCGGUUGGAGCCCCAUGUGCUUAUCCAUAGACGACCUUCCACAUCUCAGAUUCCUCACUCUCGAGUUCACUGGCAUCGACGGAAAUACCCAUCUACCUGGCCAACCCAACACUCUUGCCUGGGAACGCUUCGUCGACUCGGCGGUAAACAAACUUACACUACCAGCACUGACUUUGAUGGUCAGGAUGUUCCAUGAGGACCUUGAUUAUCUGCCAAAUGGCGUCAUCUACGAUGAUGAUGCUCAGAUGGUAGCUGCAUACAAAGCUGCGUGUCAGCGCAUCUUCGAGCCGCUGGCACAUGCAUUGAAGGGCCAGGAGGAUGGUCUUAAGAGGCUCUUUGUUGCUAUCUCCUCGCCGAUCGAAAACCUCAAGCUUAGUGGCGUCCGUGAUUAUGAACGGGUCCUGGAACGGACGGUCAUGGGCAUAGACUACGAUAGUCAUGCUCUGGGUUGGGAUGUGCUGCGACGGAGGGUAACCUGA